GGGCAGAGCGCGAACAGCAGCAGAGAGAAACCCUCCGGCUCCGGCUGACAUUUUCUGCCCGCUCACCGCCGCCGAAACUCGGUCAAUCCGCGCGCUGAGAUGCCGGGGAUGAUGGACAAAGGCUCCGAGUAUCUGGGGAAGGGCCGCUCCAACGGCACCAAGAGUCCGUCCAACGCGUCCAACGGACAUUUCUCCGACGAGAGCGGCAGCGACGACGAGCACGAUGUGGGGAUGCGGGUCGGAGCGGAUUAUCAGGCCAACAUCCCCGAGUUCGAGCCCGGCUCCACUAAGUACACGGACAAAGACAGCGGCGGGAUGCUCGUCUGGUCUCCGUAUCACAACAUCGUCGACUCCAAACUGGACGAGUACAUCGCUUUAGCCAAAGAGAAACACGGAUACAACGUGGAGCAGGCUCUGGGGAUGCUCUUCUGGCACAAACACAACAUCGAGAAGUCUCUGGCCGACCUGCCGAACUUCACGCCGUUCCCGGACGAGUGGACGGUGGAGGACAAAGUUCUGUUCGAACAGGCGUUCAGCUUUCACGGAAAGAGCUUCCACCGCAUCCAGCAGAUGUUACCGGACAAGUCCAUCUCCAGUCUGGUGAAGUACUACUACUCGUGGAAGAAGACUCGCUCCAGAACCAGUCUGAUGGACCGACAGGCUCGAAAACUGGCCAACCGGAGUAACCAGGACGACAGCGAUGAGGAGAUGGAGGAGGCCAAUCCCAUCGAAGCCAACGACAGCGACUACGACCCCAACAAGGAAACCAAGAAAGAGAACCAGGUGGAGCCGGUGGCGCCAGGCUCGAAGGUGGCUCUGGGUCGGCGGGAGCACCAGACGCUGCAGCACCGACACCACCAGCGCUCCCGCUGCCGCCCCCCCAAAGGCAUGUACCUGACGCAGGAGGACGUGGUGGCCGUGUCCUGCAGCGCCUCCGCCGCCAACACCCUCCUCCGCCAGCUGGACAUGGAGCUGGUGUCCCUCAAGAGACAGGUGCAGAACGCCAAACAGAUGAACAGCGGCCUGAAGCACAUGUUGGAGUCCGGGAUCGAAGAGUUCAGACUGGCUGAGUGUAACCAGAAGGUGAACGCCCGCUGGACCACAGACGAGCAGCUGCUGGCUGUUCAAGGUGUGAGGAAAUACGGCAAAGACUUCCAGGCCAUCGCUGACGUCAUCGGCAACAAGACGGUGGGCCAGGUCAAGAACUUCUUCGUGAACUACCGGCGGCGCUUCAACCUGGACGAGGUGCUGCAGGAGUGGGAGGCGGAGCAGGGAACGCGAGCUCCCAACGGAGACAGCGCCACCUCUGGAGAGGAGGGGAAGGCCAGCUCCACCACGCCGUCGGGGAAGAGCACCGACGAGGAGGACGAAGAGGGUCAGGUGACCUCCUCAGGUGCGUCCCCCGCUGCCUCCUCUUCCUCUUCGGCUCAGAUUGCAGUGACGUGCAGCACCUCCUCCACCUCCUCCUCCUCCCUCCACCAGCCCCCUCCCCUCCUGCGGCCCUCCCUCCCGGCCACGCCCUCCCUGCACCGCCAGCCGCCGCCCCUCCAGCAGCAGGCACGCUUCCUGCAGCCCCGCCCCACCCUGCAGCAGCCGCCGCCUCUCAUCCGCCCCUCCAACCCCAUGCCCCCCCGCCUCAACCCACGCCCUCCAGCUCCCAUGAGCCUCGGCGGCAACCCCGGCGGGUCGGGCCCAGUCGCCCAGCAGUCCCCCGGCCUGGCGGUCCACCAAUCAGAGGCCUCGUCUUCGUCCCACCACUGACGGACCAGAAAACACUCAGUCUGAAGCUGCUGCGUUCAGGUCCGGCGGGGAGUGACUUUGUUCUUCAUCAGCUCUCACUUUCACACUAAACACAUCUGAGUUUCUAUCAAACAGCGUUUCAGGAGGUUUGUGUCUUGUGUCCCGGCGGCUCACCUGCUGCUGGACGGACUCCUGCUCUUUCUUCUGUUUUCGAAGUUUGACUUCACGUCUGUCAGCCUGUAGAAAUCUGUCAGAGAAAGUGUGCAGAUUAUUAAAGCAGACUGUUGUGGCGUCCCGCAGGGUUCGA